AUGGAGGUGGAGGAGAAGGAAAGACGCUCUCCACACGAUCUUGGGGAUGCGUGUGUUCCCGAGAGCUUCUUUGAUCGCGUAACGCAAGGGUUACGCGGCGAUCUCGAGCAUGAGCGGAAUAGGCGUCUCCAAAUGGCGGACACUGCCUCGAAGCAUCGAGCUGAGUUUGCCUUUGCUCAGCUCGAGAACGAGAGAUCUCUGACAUCUCUUCGUGACGAGCUAAGGGUAGCUCGUGGGAUUGCUGAUCGGUCUCGGGCUGAGAUAACUGCUCUUCAGACCCUUGUUGAUGCCCACCAUCGGGAGCACAAGGCUCUCUGCAAGAUGCUUGAGCGCAAGGGCGUUCUUCAUUGGAAGAAACAGCGUACUGAUGGUACGGCUUAA